ACAAAAGAGGAAGACCGCGAGGGAGGCCCCAGUGGAGAGCCGGCCUCAUGGCGGACACGUUCUUGGGCCCCUGGCUCCUGGGCUUGCUCCUGCUUCCCUGGAUGCUGCAGCUCACAGGAGAGCAUUCGGUGACCCACACUGGUGCCCCCAUUUUGGUCUCUCUGGCCAACAAGUCCAUUUCCUUCGACUGCCAAAUCACCGACCCAGACAGCCCCAGACUCAAGAACUUCACAGCCUUGUACUUUUUUGUGGACCUCCAGAACCAGCAGAGCCCCAGUGAGCAGAUCAAGUGCCCACCCGACCUGGGCAACGAGAACCAGACGCACACUCUGAGAUGCUUGGUCACCCUCCGGCUGCCCAAUGCAUCGGCCACUGGUACCUACUAUUGCUCCGUGGUCUGGCCGGAAGUCCAGAAAAUCAGCGAAGGCGUCUUCAUCCUGGUCAGAGACACGGGGUACCGACGACCCCCGCAGGGCUCCCAGCAGCUCCUGCUCUUUUGCUUCACUGGCGUCCUGACUGUGCUGAGCAUCUUGGUCACAGCCCUGCUGCUCUGGAGGAAGAAAAGGAUGCAGGCUCCUCAGAAGCACCCCGCGCAGACGGGCUCAGACCUGAGUGCCCACAGCCAGCAGCAGCCUCCGGACGAAUCCGUCUACAUGGCCCUACAGCACAGAGACACUGAAAUCUACUCCUGCAUCCAGAACGAGGCCAGCAGCCUGCCAACCACCCAGAGCCUCCUCUCCCAGGAGAAAUUGCACGGAUUUACAGAUGACAGCAAAUUUAACAUGGUCUAUGAAAACUUCUAGGAUGAGCUCCACUGGCCCAUAGAUCCAAGGCCCCACGGCAGCCCCUCCCUCCAGAGGACUGGCCCCACACCAGGAGCGAGGCCCCCGGGGUGCCCCAUCACCUUGCCUCCACAUUCAAGGUGUUCCCGACCUUGGGUCUGCCCCUUACCCCCCAUUCUGUGCCCUAGCCACACCCACUGAGCAUCUUGCAUCUGGCUUUUGCCCAGGCUCUUCCCUCAGCCUGCCAGCCCAUCCUCCAGUCUCCAUGGGCUCUCUCGGACACCACCCCUCCCCAAGCCCUUCUCACUCUCUCAAGAUCCACAGGCUCUCUCGGCACCAGCCUGUACCACAGACUGUAAGACCAGGCACGAGCUCCUCAGGAGGUUCCCGGCAGUGAGUGAGCACAGAAAGGAACAAUCACAAAAAUGGCCCCUGCCCGGCUGGGUCGAAGGCACAAGGCAGCCACGCAAGGUGGAGCAGGGUGCUAGGAGGGGUAGGCAGGGGUUGUGGGCGAGACGGGAGCUGUGCAGAGGCUGGGCUGGGCUCGAGGAUGAAGCUAGGGGCCAGGGAGGUGUCUGAGUGGAGGACAUCAGGCUGGGGGCCUGGAAACGGGACGGCAAGGGAGGAGACCUGGCAUGUUUGGGGCAGGGAAUGGGGAGACGCUGAGCUAACGGGCUGAACCUCCUGAAGCUCUCCAUCCCCCAACAAGAACCCCAAGGUUGUUUCCCAUCAGCCUGGCCAUCUGCACUCACUGCUUUGUCACCUCUGCCACCGUCCUCCAGGCCUCAGCUGCUCCUCCUUCCCCCCACUGAGGCCCAGUCCCCCAGAGCCCCAGUCUGGCCUACCUGGACCCCACCCCCCUCCUCUCUUGAUGGGCCUUGUGCGCCUGGCCCAGGGCUUUGAGGACCCCUCCUCCCUCACACAGUCUAGCUGCAGGGCUUGGUGCCUGGGGCGCCUCCGACCGGUGGGCUCCUUGGUGUUGCUGGAGCUCAGGCCCUAGGCAGACGGCGGCCCCUCGAGGCUUGAACAGAGCCAUUUCUGCCACUUCAAGUGCUCAUUUCUCCCUCUCAGCAGCUCUGCUGGAACCCAUUUCACAGGCAGACGGGCUGAGGGUGGGGAAUCACCCAGGCUGUGGGGCUCUGCUCCUUCCCUCCCCUGCUCUCCCCCAUCCCUGCUGCUUUCUACUAUCUCAUUUGUAAAAUCCUCCCUCCCACCCCCAGGCUGCCCCAGAGGUCCUUGAGGGGCCCUUGCGCACAAAACAUGUCCAGGGACAAUGAGGGGCCCCGACUCUGGCCCUGAGCAGUACCAGGCCACCAGUUUGUGGGCAUCCAGAUAAAACAUUUAUGGGAUCAGGGCGCCUGGGUGGCGUAGUCGGUUAAGCGGUUAAGCGUCUGACUCUUGGUUUCGGCUCAGGUCAUGAUCUCGGGGUCAUGAUCUCAGGGUUUUGAUCUCAGGGUUGUGGGAUCAAGCCCCCCAUUGGGUUGUACGCUCAGCAUGGAGUCUGCUAAAGUUUCUCUCUCCCUCUCCCUCUCUGCCCUUCUCCCAUGCCCUCGCUCUCUCUCUCAAAUAAAUAAAUAAAUCUUAAAAAAAAACAACCUGUGGGUGCCUGGGUAGCUCAGCCAGCUAAGCAUCUGCCUUCGGCUCAGGUCAUGAUCCCAGGGUCCGGGGAUCGAGUCCCACAUCAGGCUCCCUGCUCGGCGGGAAGCCUGCUUCUCCCUCUGCCUCUGCCCCUCCUCCCUGGUCAUGGUCUCUCUCUCUCUCUCUGAAAUAAAUAAAAAUCUUAAAAAAAAAAAAAAAAAAAAAAACUUAAAAAAAAAAAACCUCCUGCAUGGGAUCACAUCCCUCCUCGUGCUCUACAGUUCCCACCUCACUGGGAACAAAAUCCUAGCUCCUCCCCAUGGCCUGUGAGGCCCUUCAGAACCAACCUGUCCCCCUUCUGUACCCACAGCCAUUGCCAACAUAGUGGCCAAGUCUGGUUGGGGGCAAGACUGGGAGGGUGCUGAGGUCUCCAAGGAGCAGGCAGAGAGGCAGGGAGGAGGAGGAGGGUCAAGGUGGAAGG